UUCAAGACUGUGCCAUAUGACAAUUGCCAUUUGUAAAAUGCAGCUCAUCCUGUUAACAUUGCUCUUGGUUACGGUGUGUGACGCUCUUGGUGAUAAAGAGAGAAUACAGACGUUGGAAAAUGAAGUUUCUGACUUGAAGGCCGCCUUCUUGAAACAAGAGAAACUCGUCAGUGUACUGGCAGAUAAGUGCAACGAGCGGUCAAAUCGUUUCGUGAUGGACGAGUCCCCCGUAAUUGCCUUUACCGGCGCUGUAGCCCCAGAGUUUGUCCCGAAUAUGCACCACGGAGAGACGGUCAAGUUUGAAACCACCGUAACAAACUUCGGGGAUGGCUACAAUAAUCAAACGGGCGUGUUUGUUGUCCCGACGAGCGGAUUGUACAUGUUUUCAUGUUCAAUCCUAGACGAGCAUCAUAGCGUUAACGGUCUGGCAAUGGUCCAUGCAGAAAUCGUCAAAGGUACCAAAGUGCUUGGUCGAGUUUUUGCCCACGCCGAAGUUGACCAGUACCGUGACCAAGGUGCCAACACGGUGUUCACGUAUGCCCUUCAGGGUGAACAAGUCUUUGUCCGCGUAAUGGACAAUAAUAACCUCUCACUUGGAGGCGAAUUGUAUUCGACAUUUUCCGGUUUAUUAAUUCAGGCAUUUUAAAGCUAAACUGGAGCGGCAUUUCUUGUGAAUAUUAUUUAUCGUUUCUUGUAUUUCGUCCAAAGUUGGAUUUUUUAAACAUAUAUUCCCUUAAGGAAUCACAUUUCUCUAAAAUUGUUUGAUCAUUUUAAAAAAUAGGAUUAUAUAUUUUAUUUGCAAAGCAUCCG